AUUCGUUCUUAAGAAGAAACGUGGGAUUUUGAAAAGAAGCCUACAAUUUCUUUUACAUGUUUGCGUUGUGGGGGAAUAUUGGAAGGAUUUGCGGAUUUUUUUACUGACAAGAUAUGUGUGUGUUGUUUGAUGAACUAAGAAAAAAGUACCCCUGAAGUUGAUGAAUAAGGCGUGCCCGGCAGCUCUAAGUCUGAAACAUGGAUAAAACUGAAAGAUACAAAGAUGAAAGUAAAGUUCUGAGUUCAAGUGUGACUUCAUUUGGAAUUGUGUGAUGAGGCGCAUUAUUUUUGCCAUUGAGUGAACUGACCAGGGUUAGUAUGAAGUGACAUGGCGCGGUGUGACCGUGGGAUUCAAAUGCUACUGACCACCUUAGGCGCGUUCGCCGCCUUUAGUUUGAUGACAGUUGCCAUCGGCACGGACUACUGGCUCUACUCCCGUGCGUACAUCUGUAACGCCACGAACAUCACAUCGGACGAAACUCAGAUGCAACCUAAGAAAACUAAGGGCGAUCUCACGCACUCUGGUCUCUGGAGAAUAUGUUGUAUUGAAGGUAUGUACCAAGGAAGCUGUUUUCGGAUCAACCAUUUUCCGGAUGAAAACGACUACGACACGGACAACUCGGAGUACAUUUUACGCAUCGUCCGAGCCUCCAGUCUGUUCCCCAUCCUGAGUGCCAUCUUGCUGCUGCUUGGUGGUCUGUGUGCGGGCGUCGGACGCGUCUACAGCAGCAACAACAACAUCGUGCUCAGCGCCGGCAUCCUGUUUGUGGCAGCAGGCCUCAGCAACAUCAUCGGCAUCAUUGUUUACAUCUCCAGCAACACGGGCGACCCGAGCGACAAGAAGGACGAGGACAGGAAGAGCACGUACACCUACGGCUGGUCCUUCUACUCGGGCGCGCUCUCCUUCAUCGUGGCCGAGACCGUCGGCGUGCUGGCCGUCAACAUGUACAUCGACAAGAACAAGGAGGAGCACAUGAAGGCGCGCCGCGACUUCCACAAGUGCCCGUCGUCCUCGUCGGCGCGGCCGCCCUGCUCCUCGUCCUCGCCGUACACGCGCAUCCCCAGCUACCGCUACCGGCGCCGGCGCUCGCGCUCUAGCUCGCGCUCCACCGAGCCGUCGCGCGACGCCUCGCCCGUGGGCCUCAAGAUGGCCGCCUCGGCCUCGGCGUCCUCCUCGCUGCCGCUGGCCGACAUCUCCAUGUACACGCUGGGCCGCGAGCACCACAUGCAGGGCGCCGGGGCCGGGCCAGGGACAUCGCUGGGGGCCUCGCUGGGGGCCAUGGGGCCCUACAGCCCCCAGAGGGAGCCGCCGGGGUUCCUACAGGUGCACAACUGCUUCCCCAAAGACACACUCAAGGACACCCUCAACCGCCGUACCACGCCCGUAUGAGAGGUGGGGGGAAACGACGGCGGCGGCCUUGAGAGACGAUGCGUUCUCUCUUGUACUGGACGUCGAUGUCUCUGUAGGGUGCUGUGCUGUGAAGGGGUGAUCUUAAAACAAAGCACAAAAUAUGGUGGACAGAGUAUUGGCCAUACCAAGAAGACAGAAAAGUCGGGUUAGAAUUAUACAAUUGUAGCAUCGGACAGAUACUACGCAGGUGGAUUGCUUUGCUCUAUAGAACUACAUUAAGUCAGAAUUGUUUAUGUAGCAAUAUUCUUUUUUUAGAGAUUGAACAGUAAAACUACUAGUGUUCUGCUAAAGAACCCUAAUGGUGUUUUGUAGUGCGGGACAGCAUUGUCAUUGUUUUGGCCACUGUACUAACAUUGCAAAGAAACCGGUGCUAAUAUUACUGUUGGAUCAGAGUAACCCUGUCCACUCAUAGUUGCAUUGGACUUAUCCACGGGGCCAUGUGGGAUUCUGUGAUGGACUGAACAAAGACAUUUUGUACACCCUGCUUUGAGCCACUGCUAUAUAUAUAUAUAUUCUAUGUGUUUACAGCCCUUCUUAAAGCUAUGAAGUUGUGUUGGUUGGAGCUGGUGAUUGAUGCUGUGAUUCCUACUCUGUGCAUUGAACAUUCCAAACACUGAAGAUAUGACUCUAUCUUUAUCUGCUCAGGGAAGUUGUUGAUGACUGCUUGACUAAAAAGGGAACAAUUUUAAUCUUAAGGUCUAUAUACAGUAUAUAUAUAUAUGUGUUGUUAUGGGCCCACGUGCUAUAUGUGUACUGAGUUUCUUUCACCCCAUAACUGAAUCCACAAAGAGCAUGGAAGUAAGUCAGUUGCUGUUGUCCUCUUACUGUAUUUUCUCACUUCACUCCUUCUCAGUUAUUGUAAACAGCAAAAUUGUGCCCUUUCUUUCUCUGGAGCCAAUCCUUUUGGCAUCACAAAACUUGAACUGGGUUAAGGAUGGACACACACUCACACACAGUCUGAACACUGGUCUCGUUCGCACCCUCGAUGCUUAUGGUGUGCACCAGACAUAUUUUCUCACUAAUGAGGCUAGCCAGCUUGCCUGUGAGACCUGCUAGACUUUAUUCACAUAGGAUAGGGCAAACGGUGUUGAGCGCUACAGGAGGCUAAAAGGAUGAACGUUCACACAUUUCAACGGUAAGAUUGCCUCACCUCACUCUGAAAAGUGCCCCUGUCCCCACCACUUGGAGCCAGGGGAGGACUGGGGCGAUGAUAUCUUGGCUGGAACCGAAAAGCAUCCAAUUCUCUGUCGGCCUACUGAAUUCGUGCAAUUUCAUAAAUGGCAUCUUCCCAAUGGAUAUUGAUUGCUACACAUCUUUCUUUAAAGUGAACAAGAGCAAGAGCCUCAGUGUGUGUGUGUGUGUGUGAGCCAGUGAGAGGGAUGUGGUGGAGGUCUGCAGGAGAUGUAGUCUCAGCUCUUAAAAGGGCAUGAAUGAGUCAUGAUCAGUCGUGUCUGCUGGGCCCUUUCUUUGGAGUAAUGGCCUCUUUUUGGCAGGAAACACUCCCGUAAAUCAUUUCUUCCUGCUACCGAAGCGCCGGCCAAGUGGUAAUGUGUCUCUUCAGUCCUGCUGUAAAGCAUUUUACCAACACUGUCUGUCCUCUCUUCAUGCCCACACCUUCACUGAGGCAGAUGUAGGAGAGUAGCCAUGUUUAGCGAGGAUAAAUGAUGGAUGUCUUAGUGAUAGCAUUUGAGACUGAGUGAUGUUCAAAAUUCAUUACGUUCUCAGACAUGUGCUCUGUGUGUGGGCGCUAUGGAGCAUUGUUACAUUGUAUGACCUGAAAUCACAAAAUAAUUAUCAGGGGGUUUUGCGGUUCACAAAUAUAUCAAUUAUUGUGCAAAACACAAAAUGAUUUCUUUACUAUUUCUUUUGUAUUUCUUUUAUGUUAUUUUCAAAGAGGUUGGGACAACUUAGGAAAACAGAAGAUGCACUGUGAUCUGGAUUUGCCGUUUUAUUCUGAAUUUGUCUGUAGUGCACUUUAGGAGGUUGGAAGACUGUCAAUGUUAUUUUCGUGUUACAUGUCAGUGUUAUGUUUUUGUUUUGAGACAUUUCCUUCUUUCCCUGGUGUGUUUGCAAAUCACAACACAAGCAGAGCAUGCUGUCUGAUCAUAUAACACUGCACACAUCUUUUUUGUAUAAGUCUAAUUAUUUUUUUAUCACUGAUCAGUCUUUUCUUGUAAAACAUGGCACUGGAGCCAGAAAUGAGCGCUGACAUGAUUUUAUUGUUCAAUGUUAUCGCUUUGCACAGGCUUUCAUUUGUAAGUGAAAAAAUUGGCAUGAUAUGGGGAGACUAAUGCUUCCUUUUUCAUUACUGAUUACAAUUAUGACAGCCACAAAAUAAACCAUGUAAUUUGCCUCUGACCGUCAGACAGCUUGUAUUCACAAAAUGAAUUACUGUGAUAUUCAUUUUCAUAUUUCAUAAUUUACUUUUUUUCCCUCUUGUACAUAAUCUAUAUGGUGGAUUUCACAUGGUGUUCUGAAUAAUUUAUUUUUCAAGACAAAUAGCUUAAUUCAUUUGUUCUAUAAAGGGACUUUUGAAGCAAAAAAAAAAACGUAAAAAUGUUCUAUGAUUUGUCACUGAUAAAAGGCUGAUAUUUCAUUCAAAUAUACUUCAUGUAAAUAAAAACAAAGUUCUAACAUGUCCCCUGGGCCCAGUGGGAGUUAUGUACUGUAGAUAUGUCUGUGUGUGUAUCUGAGCUGUGUGUGUGGUGCCAUCUAUGCUAAUCUGUAAUAUAACUCACUAACAGGCUUGUAAUGGUCCACAUCAGCCUUGAAUGAUUUCUCUGGUGUCUGUCAUGUUUGCGUUGACUAGGCUUCAUGGCUUUCAUUGGCUGUCCUGUUUGACCUUCACAUUAAUAAACGAGGUGCCUCUUCGGGUCCUCAGGCCCUUCUCCACGUGAGCAGUGUUGGUUUUGUAGCCUGUUUCAGAUAUUGAUGUUGGAUGUAAAUUUAAAUUGUGUUACCCAGAUGAGUUUUUUUUUAAAUGCUUUAUAACUAAUUUGGUGGCAGGGACCAGAUAAUAGUGCCCUGACAGAAUAAGGCGAGCUUCAGACUCUUUGAUUUUCUUACUGCUUUGGCUGUGUAUCUGUAAUUUGGGUAUCAGCCAUUUCAUUUUCCAAAAAACACCAAUAGUACCCACUCUUAGCCUGAAAAUACGGCUUUCUUUCUGUUUCAUUUGGUGCUCAGUCAAAAACUGAGUGAAUCAAAAGGAAAAUCGACAGCUUCAAUGAAAGGGUUGGAAAAGAAGAGAUUUCUUUUUUUUCACUUUACAUAGGUUACAUAAU